AGCUCAGACACACUUUCUCUUCUGGUUUUAACCUGCAGUGCUGACAGACAGUAUGGCGGGCAGGAAGACGGUGUGUUGUGGUGUUACCCCUCUGGUGGCAACGCUGGGUGCCCUGUUCAUCCUCAUAAUAGCUGUGGGUGUGACACUGAUCACACUGAUGGUUACCUGGAAAACAGGUCCUCAACAUAAACCCUACCUGAUCGGAGUGGGCCGGGCCGACUGCACCGGGCCUCCAGCCGAUAUCCCUCUGAUGGGUUAUGCGAAGUCUCAGCAGAUGGCUGCAGGCAUACACACUCGCCUAUACAGCCGAGCCUUCAUCAUCGACGACGGGAGGCGGAGAGUCGUGUUCGUCACCGUAGAUGUGGGAAUGAUAUCGCAGAGGCUACGACUGGAGGUUCUACAGGCGCUGCAGGAGAAGUAUGGAGAUCUGUACCGUCAGGAUAACGUGGUUCUGAGUGGGACUCACACUCACUGUGGACUGGGCGGAUAUUUCCAGUACACACUGUUUAUGCUCAGCAGUAAAGGUUACAUCAAGGAGUCCGUCAAGCCUCUGGUCAACGGCAUCGUCAAGAGUAUAGACGUAGCCCAUGGUAACAUGAAGCCAGGCAGGAUUUACAGGAGCAGAGGAGAGCUGGACGACAGCAGCAUCAACAGAAGUCCUCACUCCUACCUGAACAACCCUGAGGACGAGAGACAGAGGUAUAAGUGGAACACAGAUAAACAGGUGGUGGUGCUGAAGUUCACUGAUCUGGAUGGAGGUGGGAUCGGUAUGCUCAGCUGGUUUGCCGUCCACGCCGUCAGCAUGAACUACACUAACCGCAUGGUGAGCAGCGACAACAUGGGCUACGCCUCCUACCUCCUGGAGCAGGACAAGAACCCUGGAGAGCUACCUGGACAGGGAGGCUUCGUUGCUGGUUUCUCCUCCAGUAACCUCGGUGACGUCAGUCCGAACACCAAAGGGCCUCACUGUAUGAACACCGGGCUGCCCUGUGACUACCUGAACAGCUCCUGUCCUGUAGGCGGGACUAUGAUGUGCAAGGCGUCUGGACCUGGGGAAGACAUGUUUGACAGCACGAGGAUCAUUGGACACAACAUCUAUAGGACGGCCAAGGAGCUGUAUGCUAACGCAACUGAAGAGGUGACCGGCUUCGUUCACUCGGCCCAUCAGUGGGUCAACAUGGCGAAUGUCACUCUUCAGAUCAACGACACACACACGGUCAGCACAUGUAAACCAGCUCUGGGUCACAGUUUUGCAGCAGGAACGACAGAUGGAGGAGGAGACCUCAACUUCACUCAAGGCGCUGUGGAGGGCGACCCAUUCUGGGACGGCAUCAUAGGCGGUCUCCUGGGUAAGCCGUCCAAUGAGACGCAGGAGUGUCAUCAUCCCAAACCGAUCCUGUUCAACACGGGGGAGAUGAACUGGCCUCUGCCGUGGCAUCCUCAGAUCGUCGACGUUCAAAUCCUCACCAUUGGCUCUGUAGCUGUCGUCGCUGUCCCUGGAGAGAUGACCACCAUGUCAGGGAGGAGGUUAAGAGAAGCCGUCAAACAGGAGCUCGAGUCGGAGGGGGCAUUCCAGGACUCGGAGGUGGUUAUUGCAGGCCUGAGUAACGUGUACACUCACUACAUCACCACCUAUGAAGAGUACCAGGUGCAGCGGUAUGAAGGAGCCUCCACCAUCUAUGGUCCGCACACGCUCAGUGCCUACCUGCACAAGUACCGAGGCCUGGCCAGAGCCAUCGCACAGGACAGAGUGUCGGACCUUCCGACCGGCCCUCAGCCUCCCUUCUUUCAGAAGAAUCUCUUCAAUCUGCUGACUGAUGCACCCAUUGACAAAAAACCAAAGAACAGCAGAUUUGGAGAUGUCCUGCAGCAGGUUUACCCCGUCUACAGACAGGGUGAUGUUGUCUCCGUUACGUUCGUUGCAGGAAACCCCAGGAAUUCAGGAGACAUCAGAGACAAAACUUUUGUUACUGUGGAGAUUUAUGACAACAGAACAGACACCUGGAAGGUCGUCCACACUGAUGCAUCAUGGGAGACUAGGUUUCACUGGCUGAAGGGUUCAAACCAGCAGAGUAACUCCACCAUCGAGUGGCACAUUUCCCCGUCGGCCCCCAGCGGCUACUACAGGAUCAAACACUUCGGACACUACAAACAGCGGAAAAAUCUGAAACCCGUCAUCACACCGUACGAAGGCACGUCAGACGUCUUCAGAGUCACUGCCAGCUUUUACUUUCAGUGAGAUCAUCAGUACCUGCAAGGUCCCAACUGAUCAUGGAGAAACUCACAGAAAGCCCCCAGAACUUUAUGGAACAACUCUGGUCUCUUUUUGUUUCCACAACCUGAAACGAAACACACUCAUAAGCUCAUGAUACAAA